AUGCCUCCUCGUCGCACAAAGAACGGUCCUGCAAAUGGCCCAUCCGGGCAGUCGACCUUGUCCUUUGGAUCCCAGGCUCGAGUGACAAAGCCAGUCACCACACCUUCUCAUAAAGCCAAGGCCCUAGACUCGCCGGCCCUAUCCGAGAAAUCCGCCUCUGCUACGCCGGAGCCCCAGCAGUUGUCGGUCACCCCGACCGAGCCCUCCAAGCCCCAUGUCGCAGAGCUUGUAGUACGACAGCAAGCGGCAGCUGAACACCAAGCGCCCCAAUCGGAAGAAGACAAGCGGGCACUGAAGUUGACCAAGCAAGACAUCUGGCGAUACUGGCAGCCGCAAGAGAAGACACGCAAAGCACCUCGGGCCCACCAGCAAGGUCUGGAUGUGGAGGAAAAGAUCCUUAGGCAUUUUGAUCUUUCGAGUCAAUAUGGACCCUCCAUUGGAAUCGCUCGAGUCAAGCGCUGGAGACGCGCAAACUUACUGAAGCUGAACCCACCGAUCGAAGUCCUCACCGUUCUUCUCAAGGGCAAGAACACGAAGGAACGAGCCUAUAUUGAUGAAUUGUUAUCAUGA